AUGACCCAAAAUCCAGGGGCCUUGAAGACCGCCACGACGGUCGCUGCUGGCAGGCGGCCAGUGUUUUGUCGUCGCUUGUGUUCAUGGCUGAGUGCAUGUUUCCUCGUGGUCUCCCUUUGCAGUUUCCGUCUCCAAUUUUUAGUUGCCGAACAAAGCCAAUGCACAACGGGUAAGUCGGUUUUGCAACUCGAUGCAAAAGGCAACGACCCAGUUACUUUUUCGUGUGAGAGUGGCGUUGAGCAUCUGUAUCCCCCUCCCCCGAGCACCUCGGGUGUCAAAAAGGUAUGCGAAACGUCGGAUUGCACGAACGCCGUGGACUUCACACUUGCAGAUGUUACAUGGGAGCCGCAAUCCACCGGCGGUUCGAUUACCGCAACAUCCGUUCAACAAGCGAGCACAAUUUAUGUAAAAUGCACCUCCGCGACACAGACCGUCACACUCAGUCGUGACGGCAUAACGCCCGUCGCCCAGAAGCCCUCAGAGAAAAACUGCACGGUUCAGAUUUCAAUUUGGGGACCACCGAAGCGAGGAUCUGGUUAUCCCGAACAUAACAAUGAUACGCUCAGUCUGGAAGUCACCUCUGCUAGUCAGUCGGUAACCUUUGCUUGCGGGAACAACCAAUAUCUUACUCCAGAACUUUUUGACAAAGUCUUCACAGCAGACACAUUCAGGGACCAGGUUCGUAUAAAAGAGCGUCUGGCUGGUGCUUCCCUAGUGAAGCACGCUACCACAGCAGGCACCGACAAUCCUCCAGCUUACACGUUGACGGUGCCGCAGUUGCCGGCCCAGCCGACGACUCUGUAUUACAAGUGUAGAAAGACUGGCGACAAGCAAGAUGCUUCGCAAGACUGCAACGUAGUCAUCCAAGUGGCGAAGGCAGAAGACGGCGGCGAAGCAAGUGGCACAUCUUCCGAAACCACAACCAUAUCGCCUGAGACCUCUGGAAGUAGCGCCGGAAAAUGGAGCACAACGCUUAUUGCCUCUGUCUUCAGUGUGUCUCUGGUGUUGACAACUAUGUGGUGA